UAUAUAUAUAUAUAUCUAUAUCUUCAUACACACGCACACACACUGUUUCUUCGAGCUUCACAAGUUGAUCUCACUCCAAUUCUCGUAAUGACCGACGCCUCUGACGAUGCUAAAGACAUCGAACUACUCUACGAAUACGGCGAGCGAUUGAGCGAGGUCAAAGACAAGUCUCAGCAUGUAGAUGAUUAUCGAAGCAUCAUUAAGGCUGUCAAAAGCAAGAGCAUCAAGGCCAAGCAGUUAUCUGCUCAGCUCAUUCCCAGAUACUUCAAGUUCUUCCCUGAACUGUCCGACUUGGCUGUUGAUUCCCAUAUCGAUUUGUGUGAGGCAGAGGAGCUUGGGGUUAGGGUGCAGGCAAUUCGCGGACUUCCCCUUUUCUGCAAGGAUACACCAGAGCAUCUUUCUAAAAUCGUAGAUAUUCUUGCACAACUCCUUACAGCUGAAGAAAAUGUGGAGCGUGAUGCAGUGCAUAAAGCCCUUAUGUCUUUAUUGAGGCAGGAUGUGAAAGCUUCUUUGACAGCCUUAUUUAAGCACAUUGAGAGUGUUGAUGAGCCAAGCACAGAUGAAAAUCUUCGUGAGAGGACACUAUGCUUUAUAAGAGAUAAGGUUUUUCCUCUUAAAGCUGAGCUCUUGAAGCCUCAGGAGCAAAUGGAGAGGCAUAUAACUGAUCUGAUUAAAAAAAGUUUGCAAGAUGUGACAGGAGCUGAAUUUAAAAUGUUUAUGGAUUUCUUGAAAAGUUUGAGCAUAUUUGGAGAGAAAGCCCCUGCAGAGCGUGUGCAAGAACUCAUUGAAAUUAUUGAAGGUCAAGCUGAUCUAGAUGCACAGUUCAAUGUUUCAGAUGGGGACCACAUUGAUAGAUUGAUAUCAUGCCUGUUCAUGGCUCUUCCCUUUUUUAUGCGGGGCGCAUUGAAUAGCAAGUUUCUCAACUAUUUAAACAAGCAUAUUUUGCCUGUUUUUGAUGAGCUUCCUGAAGAACGCAAAGUAGACUUGCUCAAGAACCUUGCAGAAAGUUCACCUGUUUGGACGCCACAGGAUUCACGUCAGAUUCUUCCCUCUGUUGUCCAGCUCUUAAAGAAAUACAUGCCUCGGAGAAAAUCUGGAGAAGAGACUAACUUUACUUAUGUGGAGUGCUUGUUGUACACAUUUCACCAUUUAGCUCAUAAGGCUCCGAAUGCCACUAAUAGUUUAUGUGGUUACAAGAUAGUAACCGGCCAACCAUCUGAUAGGCUUGGGGAAGACUUCUCAGAGUAUUACAAAGAUUUCACUGAGAGGUUAAGCAGCGUUGAAGAGCUAGCCAGGGCUACCAUCAAGAAGUUAACUCAGGGUAUGGCUGAGCACAACAAAGCAAUGGCUUCCGCUAAAUCUGAUGAAGCAAAGGCUAGCGUUAAAGCUCAAAAGCAGAAUACUACCACUGGACUGCGAACCUGCAAUAAUAUUUUGGCAAUGACACAGCUGCUGCAUGCAAAAUCACCUUCAUUCAUUGGCGAUAAGAGAAUCAACCUUUCCUGGAAAGAAGUAGCAAAAGCUUCGGCACCUUCAACCACUACUGGUGCUGGAGGGAAACGUCCUGCAAGUGCCACUAAUGUCAUGAACAGCAAUGCAUCAAAAAAGGGUCGCGGUGGUGGUGGUGGUGGUUUACCGAACCAACUUGUUAACAGGGCAUUUCAAGGUCUUUCGUAUGGACGAGGAAGAAGUGGUGCAAGGGGUAGAGGCAGGGGCUGGGGUGGACGUGGGAGAGGAAGGAGCUACCAGUAAGCUUUGGUUAAAAUCCAUGGUAACACAAGGUUGAAUUUUGUACCAAGUUAUUAUUAACCAGAUGAAUAUGAGCACAUAAUUGUGGAAUGUAUUAUUAUUAUGGUCUUAUCUACUGUAACGAAUUUUGAAAAUUGUAGCAGAUGAGGUUUGGAUUAUGGACCGGCACUAAUUCUUCUCUCUGGACCUUCUCUAAUUGGGAUUUUGCAUUGAAAUUCUGUUUUCAACCUACAAAAACUUUGCUAAUUCUCCUAUUUGGUUUAUGUGAACUAGAGCUUCAUCUAAUUA